CAUCAAGACGCCAACACCAAAGGGGUCAACUCGUACACCCUGAGCAUGAAUAACGAUGUUGGACAGUCUGACAUCACGUACGACAUCAUCAAGGUGGAAACGCCGGUAACCCCGGAGCCAGGUAAGGAAAGGUCAUGUGAUGAGUUUGACUGAGGGAAAACCAGGGGCAAGGUAAGGAAAGGUCAUGUGAUGAGUUUGACUGAGGGAAAUCCGUAGCCAGGUAAGGAAAGGUCAUGUGAUUAGUUUGACUGAGGGAACCCAGGAGCCAGGUAAGGAAAGGUCAUGUGAUGAGUUUGACUGAGGGAACCCCGGAGCCAGGUAAGGAAAGGUCAUGAGAUGAGUUUGACUGAGGGAACCCAGGAGCCAGGUAAUGAAAGGUCAUGUGAUGAGUUUUGCUGAGGAGACCCAGGAGCCAGGUAAGGAAAGGUCAUGUGAUGAGUUUGACUGAGGGAACCCCGGAGCCAGGUAAGGAAAGGUCAUGUGAUGAGUUUGACUGAGCGAAAACCAGGGGCCAGGCAAGGAAAGGUCAUGUGAUGAGUUUGACUGAGGGAACCCCAGAGCCAGGUAAGGAAAGGCCUUGUGAUGAGUUUGAGGUAACCCAGGAGCCAGGUAAGGAAAGGUCAUGUGAUGAGUUUGACUGAGGGAACCACAGAGCCAGGUAAGGAAAGGCCUUGUGAUGAGUUUGAGGUAACCCAGGAGCCAGGUAAGGAAAGGUCAUGUGAUGAGUUUGACUGAGGGAACCCCAGAGCCAGGUAAGGAAAGGCCUUGUGAUGAGUUUGAGGUAACCCAGGGGCCAGGCAAGGAAAGGUCAUGUGAUGAGUUUGACUGAGGGAACCCCAGAGCCAGGUAAGGAAAGGCCUUGUGAUGAGUUUGAGGUAACCCAGGAGCCAGGUAAGGAAAGGUCAUGUGAUGAGUUUGACUGAGGGAACCCAGGAGCCAGGUAAGUGUUACGAACUUUGUUAUGCUUCAACUAUCUCCAAAUGUUACAAUCUUUUCAUACUUGAAAUGUUACGGCUCUCUCUCCGUUGUCUAGGGUGUAUGACAUAAAACGCAAAAGGUCCAUUGUAACAAUAUAUAUAAUAUUUAUUCGAUACUUCAUAAAUCAGGAUACUGCUAUUUAAUGACAAUAUAUAUAGAGCGUAGAACAUUCAUCAGUCCAACUACCACUCUCUCCUAUCACUACUGCUAACGCUGACGUCUAACUGACUCCGACUCUCACUGGCUCUGACUAACUCUGACUGACUCUCUCUCUCACUAACCUCUAGGCAACACACAUCCCUUUUAUACAACCACAUAACAACUCAGCCUACGCAACCGUUCCACAUCACGGACUAACUUUCACGCUCUGACCACUCGACCAACAACUCACAAAACACUCCCACGAUUUACGACUUCCCCUACCCAACACUCACAACAACUCUCACUCACAACAACUCUCGCUCACAACAUUCCUCCCCCCUUUCGUUGACAUCACUCACAGUAGUGAUGUCACACUCCAAAAUGACAUCACAACAUUGCAAUAACAAAAAAUGAACAGUUUUUUUAUCGCUAGAAUUCCAAUAUCAAGUAAAAAAACACAACAACUCUCGCUCACAACAUUACAAUGGCAUUCCUAGUCAGUGUUAACUACAUCCUCGGCAAAACAUCCUAAAGUAAGAUUACAUCACCAUCACAAUAAACCAUCACCCUAAUUUCCUGUUCUCUAAAAUUAAAACAUGACAAACCAAAGAAACUUUCGACCAGAAAUGAGGGAAAAACUGACUUUAAAGAGAAAAAAAAAAUUGUCAACAUCUGUAAUCCUAUGGACAGCCAUAAAUUGUCCCGCCUGUUAGUACACUCAAUGAGGGCGGGAUAUUCCGCUUGUCUGUCGCUUUCCAAAAAGCGUGCACAUUUCUCCCCCAGCUCACAACAUUUUCUACAAACACUACUUUUCUCCCCUGGCUUAACAAGUCAGCCUCUACAAGCAAUUUGAAUAAUACUUUACAAGGCAAAUAGUUACACAAAAAUUCAAUACAUAUUGUCAAAAUCAAAUCUUCACAUAACCCAGUGAAACAAAAUUUACAUUCCUCACCUCCCAACUCAUGGCAACACCUCUCAAAUAAAACCAAAACCUUCAAUACAUUCAAAGCUUGAGCGCCUCCGGCUCUCAUGACAUAAUACACCAAUUUUAUAAAACACAUCAAAAACAAAAUCAAAACAUCCCCCACCUAAACCCACAUGACAUAAUUUAUUAUGAAAAAACAUUAUUUCUAUCCCCUGGUCCCACAUCAGGACAAAAACUCACGUCCUCCACGGACUCCAAGUGACAACGGUCAACAACAAGACUGUCUGAGUCUAAACCAGACCUGCUACUACACUGGCUCUCACACCUCGAGCAACCAGUGACACUACUUAACCCAGCGCGUGGACUACGACCCUCGUAGCUCCAACUGAAGUCGUUACCGAUGACUUCGACUUUGUUCACUUUAUGUCCCCUUCUCGGGACUGCCCUUGACAAGUUCACGACCUCCACGUCGUGCUCACCGUAGCUUGUCCAGGACUGACACAUUUAAAAUUACAACAUACACUUUCGUCACUUACACAACCAACAACUGCCUCUUUCACUAAAUCAACAUCUUUUUCCAGUAAAAAAUUCAAAAUUCCCAGUUGUAUAUCAACUGACUCUUGUACAUUAUAAGUAUAGGCAAAAGCUGCAUCAAAAUCAUCUUGUCCAUCAAGACAGUUACUAUUACUAACGUGUGGAACAUCCAUACCAAAAUCACCACGUGAAGUUAUAUCACUGUGAACACCCGCACCAAAAAACUCUAUUUCCCCUUGUACCUCUACAUCGUCUACUUCAACCAUUCUGACCUCCUCCCUCGAAACUGAAACUAAAAAUAACUCCUCGCCCCUACACUCAGUCAUGCUUGCCCUCAUAUCCUCGGGAUAGUUGAUCUCCUCCAGAAAAUCUGACAUUUUCUCAGUGACCUCUUUUUCCUCUGCUAACAAAAUAACACAUUCCUUAUCAUUUUCCCAAGUUUCUAAUUUAUCCAACGGAACAAUCCUCCUCUUAUCUGCCCCUGUGUCUUCAAAAUACUCUUCAACUAUUCCUAACUGAAAAAAUUCCCAUUCAUCAUUUCUCCUAUUGUCCCCCUUCUCAGUUUUAUUUUUAUUAUCUGCCAGUUCUACCCACGACUUGCUCUCUCUGCACCAUCUCAGCUCAUCCCCUCUACUAUUGACCUCAUCUAUUUUUUCCCAACUAUUGUUCUUAUAGUUCCAUCUAAAAAAAAUCCCUGUUAUUUUCCCCUUCUAUUAUGUAAUCACUAUCGUCUCUUUCCCCUUCUGACCAGUCAUCUCUAACGUACGGAUUUAAACAAUUUAUACUAACUACCCCGUCUAUUCUAUUCUCUUCAACUAAGUCAGUACUAAUCUGUUUUAUCUCCUUUUCCUUGCCUAACAAAAUACUUUUACGGUCCUUACCUUCUACUAAAGACUCCCAAUUUCCUUAACGUUAUUUCUACCUAUCCUAGCCACAAAUCUCCCAGCCCUUUCUUCUUCUCUACACCAUGCCUCAAACUCAGCCUCUUGCUUCUUUAUUAGGUUCCUUUUCCACUCUCGUUUUUCCCGUGCUAUUUUCUCAUCUAGCUGUGCCAAUUCUUCGGCUCGCUGUCUAUCCCGUUCUUCCCUCUCCUUAGCUCUAACGCGUUCCCGUUCUUCCCUCUCUAGCUGACGUUUCCGAUCUUCCCUCUCUUCGCUUAUCCUUUUCUCUACCCACCUAAUAAUGGCUUCCCCAUUAUAACCUAUUAUCUCCGCCUCCUCCCUAAAUUCUAAUAUUAGCUCAUCUAAAUCCAUGUCAGAUGAUCACUAAAGUACCCUAUAGCAGUAACAAAAUCAAAACAUGUCAGAUAAUCACUAAAGUAUCCUAUAGCAGUAACAAAAUCAAAACAUGUCAGAUAAUCACUAAAGUACCCUAUAGCAGUAACAAAAUCAAAACAUGUCAGAUAAUCACUAAAGUACCCUAUAGCAGUAACAAAAUCAAAACAUGUCAAAUAAUCACUAAAGUACCCUAUAGCAGUACCAAAAAAAAAAAAAAUACAUCAACCCUAUGCAACAACAAAUCUAAAUUAAACUAAUCACCCGGUCUUGUCCUUGAUCUUGGGUCCCAAAUGUAGCUGACUUGCGUAGGCGUACAACCGCAGUAGGGUACAUUCACACGGGUACAGCAUCAGUGUCACAGUGUUACAGCAGUGUCGGCAACAAGCAGGGUAAGGCGACCAACAGGGUAUGGUAGCCAGCAGGAUAAGGCAACCACACUGGAUACGGCAGCACCAGGAUAGGGCAACCACAGGAUAGGGCAACCGCAGGAUAGGGCAACCACAGGAUACGGCAACCACGCAGGAUACGGCAACCACACAGGAUACGGCAACCACACAGGAUACGGCCACACAGGAUACGGCAACACAGGGUACGGCAACCAGCAGGGUUGGCAACAGCAGGGUAAGGCGACCAACAGGGUAUGGUAGCCAGCAGGGUCAGCAAAACCGGGUACGGCAAACAGGCAAAAAUAGGGUAAGGCGACCAACAGGGUAUGGUAGCCAGCAGGGUCAGCAAAACGGGGUACGGCAACCAGGCAACCACACAGGAUACGGCAAAACACUUGAUCUGACAACACAAAGGCAACCAAACUGGAUACGGUAGCCACAGGAUACGGCAACACCACAGUAUACGGCAACACCACAGGAUACGGCAACCACAUAGGAUACGGCAAUCACACAGGAUACGGCAACACAGGAUAUGGCAACCAGGAGGGUUGGCAACAGCAGGGUAGGGCAGCCAGCAGGAUCGUUGCAGUUUCAGACGGGCCCCCAAAUGUUACGAACUUUGUUAUGCUUCAACUAUCUCCAAAUGUUACAAUCUUUUCAUACUUGAAAUGUUACGGCUCUCUCUCCGUUGUCUAGGGUGUAUGACAUAAAACGCAAAAGGUCCAUUGUAACAAUAUAUAUAAUAUUUAUUCGAUACUUCAUAAAUCAGGAUACUGCUAUUUAAUGACAAUAUAUAUAGAGCGUGAAACAUUCAUCAGUCCAACUACCACUCUCUCCUAUCACUACUGCUAACGCUGACGACUAACUGACUCCGACUCUCACUGGCUCUGACUGACUCUGACUGACUCUCUCUCUCACUAACCUCUAGGCAACACACAUCCCUUUUAUAUAACCACACAACAACUCAGCCUACGCAACCGUUCCACAUCACGGACUAACUUUCACGCUCUGACCACUCGACCAACAACUCACAAAACACUCCCACGAUUCACGACUCCCCUUACCCGAUACUCUCAACAACUCUCGCUCACAACAGUAAGGAAAGGUCAUGUGAUGAGUUUUAUUGAGGGAACCCAGGAGUCAGGUAAGGAAAGGUCAUGUGAUGAAUUUUACUGAGAAACCCAGGAGCAAGGUAAGGAAAGAUCAUGUGAUGAGUUUGACUGGGGAAACCCAGGAGCCAGUUAAGGAAAGGUCAUGUGAUGAGUUUGACUGAGGAAACCCAGGAGUCAGGAAAGGAAAGGUCAUAUGAUGAGUUUGACUGGGGAAACCCAGGAGUCAGGUAAGGAAAGGUCAUGUGAUGAGUUUGACUAGGGAAACCCAGGAGCAAGGUAAGGAAAGAUCACGUGAUGAGUUUGACUGAGGAAACCCAAGAGCCAGGUAAGGAAAGGUCAUGUGAUGAGUUUGACUGAGGAAACCCAGGAGCCAGGUAAGAAUGUCAUGUAUUGAGUUUGACUGAGGAAAUCCAGCAGCCAGGUAAGGAAAGGUUAUGUGAUGAGUUUGACAGAGGAAACCCAGGAGCCAUGUAAGUAUGUCAUGUAUUGAGUUUGACUGAGGAAAUCCAGCAGCCAGGUAAGGAAAGGUCCUAUGUUGAGUUUGAUGAAAUCUAGCAGCCAGGUAAGGAAAGGUUCUAUGCUGAGUUUGACUGUGGAAACCUAGCAGCCAGAUAAGAAAGGUCACGGGAUAAAUUAGUUUGAGCCGAUAUGUCCAGGAAUCAGGACCUAAAGUUUGUUUUAGGUCGUGAGAGAUUCCUUAAUACACAAAGUCUGGUCGAAUUACCAUAACGCCAGAUACAAUUUUUAUUUAACAUUUCUUUUAACACAUGGAACUAUUUACUUCAGGGGUUGGGCAAAGUGCGGCCCAUGGGCUGCAUGCGGCCUACAAUGUUAAAUUUUGUGGCACGCCUGAUGUUUAAAAAAUGAACGUAUUUCUUCAUUUAGUUUAGGAUUAUUUUCGCUCUUUUUUUUUUCUAAGUACGUCUAGAAUCAAAACUACAUACAGUUAUGUGUCGAAAUGGCUUCCCAGAUACCCCCCCCCCGUAUUUUCACCCUUUUGGUGGCAAUCCUUGAUUUCCACUCCGUCGCCCACAUUCGUGAAUAAAAUUUACAGCAACCAGCACAAUUUUACAACAAAGCAUUCUUUAUUUUUCUCUUGAAGAAGUUAAUUUCGAUUUAAAUAUGAUCAGUUUAUUGCUGUGUAUGGCGGGAUGAGUAGAUGUGUUAUUCUGUGAGGAAUAUGGUCUUUAACAAUAAAUGAAUAAUUGCUUACAUCGAUCGUAAAGUCUAUAUUGAAUCAACCCACAUUCCAUUCAUGACACACACAACCCUUAAAUUAAAACAAUACUGUUCGGGGUAUACUAUUGUGGUUUCUCCUUUUCUCUGUAUAUUGUCUGACUUAAGGAACGCUGCUCUUUCAUUGGAAUGACAGAAGAGUGAAGACAUAAAGACACGAUAGAUUUGACCAACGUCUAUGUUUCUUAAUUCAGGUGUGACCAAAAAUGAGGACAGUGACCGAUCCAUCAUAAUAAUGGGUGUGUUGGGUGGAGCUCUCGGCCUCUUACUUAUCUCCACCAUCAUCUCAUGCUGCCUGCUGGUGAGACAGAAGGCCCGUGAAAAGAAACACUCGGAGUAUGACAGCAUUGGUAGCAGCUCUUCGUAUCAACGAAGCUAUGUCGCUGCUUCGGGGUCGGGUAAGGAUGGCACAGGUUGGUAGAACAGGUUUUGUAAUGAAAAGGGUUGUAUGUAAUACAUGGACUCUUCAAGAUGGGGAGAUCAAUUACUUGUAUAUUAAGUAGAAAACCUCAAAUAUUGACUGAAUUAGUUUUGAUCUUCACUUAUCAAAUACUUGUUAAUACAUUUAAGGUGGGUAACUUUUUUCAUUAAUAUGGUGAUCAGAUGCCAUAACAUCUUCUCUUUUAAAUCGUAAAUCUUGUAGAGAACGUAUGUGUUUUUACUGAUGCAUAUUUGAUCAAUGUCGUUUUCUGUUCGGUUAUCAUGGGACAACCCAGUUAUCUUGUGGAUAUUUUUAUGCUGGAAUACCUUACUCCCAAAUAACGAGCUCAUUUGCCGCGCAGAAGUCUGCUAGUCUUUGAUCGUUUUCAUUUAUCUCCCUUUAAAUCUUAGUAUACCUUAAAAAAAAUUCAGCAUAUCAAGUGCUCAACUUUUCUUAAGAUAUUGAAUUUGCACGCUAACAGCAAAUAAUCUUUUAAAAAGGUUUAAACUACACAUCGAUUCUACAGAUUAAUUCAAUCAACAGGAUAAUAAUAGCAGGACGGGAUUAAUUGUGGCGGCAUUUGUAGAUUUUGAUUUUUUUUCCUUUAAAGUUCCACUAAAAUGUGAUGAAAUAUUUUUUUCAACUUAGGCACAAUGUGACGUAACCACACACGUUAUCUUAAACAGAGUAAUUCGUUGACAGUUAGAGCAGGUUUACACCUGACGGAUUAGGGUUUUAUCCUUAUUGUAGUCAUGGAUCUGGUGUCACAUAAAUAGUGACAUGUCGGUACUUAUGAAGGAACUGUGAGACAUUUUUCUCUCUAAAAGCUGUGUUCCUGAGAUUGCGUAGGAUGGAAGAAACGCUUUUCAUGCCAUUUAUUACAAUUUCCUUAUAUGAGCUAUACAGAUUUAAAAAAUCUUGAUUUUCCACUGCGGCUAACUUUUUCAUGAACAUUUGAUGUACGUUUUUAUAGGUGCCCAAAAAAAUGAACAUCUUUCCUGUGUGCGGUGCGUAAGAGCUUUGGUGAUUACAUUAGGGCAUUGUGUUGUGUGUUCAUUUACUUGUGUGAACGUUGUGUUGUGUGUUCAUUUACUUGUGUGAACGGUGUGUUGUGUGUUCAUUUACUUGACGUCUGAACGUUGUGUUGUGUGUUCAUUUACUUGUGUGAACGUUGUGUGUUCAUUUACUUGACGUCUGAACGUUGUGUUGUGUGUUCAUUUAUUUGACGUCUGAACAUUGUGUUGUGUGUUCAUUUACGUGGCGUCUGAACAUUGUGUUGUGUGUUCAUUUACUUGACGUCUGACCAUUGUGUUGUGUGUUCAUUUACUUGACGUCUGACCAUUGUGUUGUGUGUUCAUUUACUUGACGUCUGACCAUUGUGUUGUGUGUUCAUUUACUUGACGUCUGACCAUUGUGUUGUGUGUUCAUUUACUUGACGUCUGACCAUUGUGUUGUGUGUCAUUGUUGAAUAAUACUUUCUAGACCAAAUUGUGGGAUCUUUUUUUCAAAAUAGCAACAGUUUUUAUCAAUUUUAAAACAAUACUAUUAAAUGAAAUUAGAAUAAAUAACAUCAAGGUCAGUUGUAAUUCUAAUACUGUAAAGUUGUUUUUUUAAAUGACCUAGCUUUGAAACAAGGCUACACUUAAACUAAACAUAUUACCAAUAAGUUAUGCUGGCAUCCGUAUUUUCUUUUUCUUGUUCUAUUCAUCUUUAGUCGACUACAGCAGUAUUUCUUACCCACCUGAGAGGUCCGGCCAGACUCUAGAACAUCAGCCAAAGGGGGUAACAUCUCAACUCCAGCGACCCCCUCUACCUCCAUUGCGUGAAUCCCUGUAUAGUCUAUCUUAUUAUCCAGGACCUAAGACGGAUGAUUAUGUUACUCCAACAGAUACCCCAUACAAUGUCACCCAGGUGUACUGAAGGCUAGGAAAAGAGUGACUAACUUUAUGGCAUAACGUGUAUGCUAUUUAUACACUUAACAUAUUAUUUUAAUGCUUAUUGUAUUAAUUAAAUUCUAAAUAAUAUUCAUUUUAGUUAAAGAUUUUUUAAAUAAUAGAAAUAGUGAAAAAAUCAAGUAUAAUCAUAUUAUCAGUAUAUUUGCAUGAAUGCAGAGAGAAGCUAUCAUAGAUGCACAUAAAGAGAAUUGCAUAUGAAGAUAAAAAUGAAAGAGAAUGUUUAUGUAGAAAGAGUAAAUUAUUGAGUUGUAUUUAAAGAAAAGAAAAACAUCAAAAUUUGUGUGUGUAAAAUGCUAAGUUUGUGCGU